UCGACGACGUUUGGAGGUGUGUGGAGAAAAAAAAAUCUGCAAACUUUUUCGAAAAUAGUAAAUUUUAAUGUCUACACGCCGUCGUCAUCGCCGCCGCCGCCUUCAGCCAAUUGCGUCGUAUUAGUCACUGGAGUGUCCACCCCGGAGCCCCGCGCAGACAAGAUGGAUCCGUCGUCGAUAAUCGUGCUGGAUUCUUCCGAUGAGGAGUCCGGUGAACCCAAACGUCGCCGGUUGGCCCCGCCAGCGGUUCCUCCGGUAAACGGAGGUGCUCGUAAGGUUCCCACGGGCCUGCUUCGGCCACCCCCACCCGCAGCGAUGACUGCCACCGAUCUGAGCAACAAGGUCAAACGCAUCAAGCCGACCACGAUCGCGACCAACCUGAGCCGGGAGGCGGCGGACAACAACAACCGCACCCCGGUCAACGAGAACUUUGCCAUGAUCAGCUAUUCCGACGAGUGGGAGAAGGACUUGCAGCGCUACCAGAAGAUCGUUCAAAUGCACGAGCAGCAGCAGCAGCAAACGGAACCGCAGUCACUGCUCAAGAAGAAGUCUCCGCUGGCGACGUUGGCCGGGGAGGAGAACGACCGGAAGACGGCGACGCCCGGAAGUAGCAGUACGGCCGACUCGCACUCGACCAGCCGGUCGGGGAAGAAGGACAAGAAGCACAACUUUGAGAAGAACCCGAUUGGGAAGGAGUUUCAGGAGUUGUUGGAUGCUUGCCGGAAGGCGGAUUCUUCGCCGGAAAUGGAACUGUUGCUGCAGAAGAAGCUGGUCAAGUACUACGAGUGCGUCCAUCCGGAUUACAUCAACUCGAAGAGCUUCAAGAAGACGUUGUCGAUGGUGACGACGGACGUGCUGGCCAAUCCGGAGCUAGUUUACUUGAAGUUGUCGAGCAUCGUGGAGGAGUUGAACAUCCGGCGAAAGUCGCGGGACUCGGUGAUGACGAAUGAGAACAUUGCUGGGAGUACGGGAAGUGAGAAGAAGGACAAUCAGAUCCGACGGUUGAACCGUGCAUUGUACAUCUUGAAGAAGCGGAUCGCCAAGCUGGAGGAGAUGGAGGUGGACUUUGACGAGGAUAUCAACUCGGCUUACAUGAUGGAGGAACGUUACAAGAAGCGGGCGUUCGAGAUUUACGAAAAGAUCUGUGAUAUCACCGGCGAGAGCAGACACGCCCACCGGAUCGUUCGCAAGCCGAUCCACUUUGACGGGACGCACUAUCCGGAGUUUAACCGGACGAUCCAGACCUUCGUGAACCGCACGAAUACGUUUCCGGACUUUUUUGACGUGCUCAAGUGUCUGCAGCACUGCAACAGCCAGUACAGCUACCGGAUGAGGCGCGACGAGAUGACCAAGAUCGCCCAGGACGCGUUCGUGAAGAUCGGGAAGCUGCUACAGAAGCGCCGGAAGACGGACCUGUACGAAACGGUCGCUUACUAUACGGGACCGGACAAGGAUCCCGCCCUGGUCGAUCGGAAGCUGCAGGACAAGCUGGAGGAGAACAAGAAGCACUACGGCAAAAUUGGAGACCUGAUCGACAAAUUCGCUCGCGUCCAGGACAAUGACACCGAAGACGAGGCGGAAGCCGGAGAACCAUCGUCGUCCAGCCAUAAAGCCAAGCCAUCCAGUAGUAAACCCGCUGCCACGGUCACAUCGUCCGAAGUUGCCGCCACAGUCAAAGCAGAAAGCUCAACAAACGUCGCCGAAGACAAACCCCCCUCUCCAAGCAGCGCCACAACGUCGGAACCACCCAAAGCUACCACGGAGCAAGAAGCUCCUGCCGACGGCGACGAUUCCUCAGCGGUCAAACCGCCAGACGCCGCAGUUGAAAAGCCGGCCACACCGAAGGAGGAGGACAGCGGCCCAACCCCCGCCGAAGACUACGAAGAGUCGGACGACGAGGAAGAUGACGAGGAGGACGAAAUGGUCAUCAAGGAGAACGUCAAACCGGACACGUUCGACGACAUUGAGAUUUCCGACGACGAAGAGCUGAUGGUGCCGAUGGCUUCUUAGCGAUUGAGCGCGACGCUGGCCGCGGCGGCCAGUGGAAGUAGCUGUUGAGAGGGAGGGCGGGUGUAAAUAGUCGGAAAGCCAUUUUCGUUUUCUCCGUAAUUCUGUAACAAGCGUGUGACACGUAUGUAUGUUAGGCUUAAAUAUUUUUUUUGGGUUUAAAAGCGCUAUUGCUUUUUGGUUUAGUCGGCUUCGGAUGAGAGCGAUUCGAUCUCUAAUCAGUUGUAAAACAAACAUGGACACACACACUACGUUAGAGUUAAACAUUUCGAAAUUUCGUACGAUUCGUUCGAGAAAUCGUUGAAGGUGAUUUUAAUCGUUAUCGAAGUUGGAAAAUCAGUCGAAACAUAAAAGCAAGUCCUCGUCAUUAAUGUAAAGUAUACUUGUAAGGUAUAUUUGGAAACUAGAAUUAAACGAGCGUUUUCUGUAAUAUGGAACCAGCCAAGCUAAAUUAUUUGUAAUUGAUGUAAUAAAACAGGAUUGAUCACACGCAGCCACUGUAAAUAUAACGCGCUCUAUAAUAAAAUAAAGAUAUUUUGCA